AUGGACGAGGAAAAGAAACCAGAUGCGAUUGAGAAGACGCCAUACCAAGACACCACCGCUACGAAUAGCACGGCCACGAAACCUUCACUCGAGCGAUAUGGGAGUCAGAAUAAGGAAACCGAAGCAAAUAUAUUCCCCGAACCUGAGGUAGAAGCUGAGGCGGAUCUAGAGAAAGGAGGAGUGAUACCCAAAUCUGCUCCAGCACCUGGUGGCAUAAAUCCAGCAGACUUCCCGGAUGGUGGACUUGAAGCAAAUCUAGUUGUAUUGGGAGGCUGGCUCUGUCUAUUCUGCAGCUUUGGUUGGGUCAAUUGCAUUGGUGUCUUCCAAGAAUACUACGAAGAACAUGUCCUCAUCGGCUAUUCUUCGUCGACAGUCUCCUGGAUCCCAUCUACGGAGACGUUCAUGAUGUUCUUUGGUGGCCCCUUCGCCGGCAUCGUAUUCGACAACUAUGGACCCCGCUACCUACUUCUCUUUGGGUCAUUCUUCCACGUCUUUGGUCUUAUGAUGACUUCCCUGUCGACAGAAUAUUACCAAAUCUUUCUAGCGCAAGCUGUCUGCAGUGCGCUUGGUGCAAGCGCUGUGUUCUAUUCAGCCAUGAGCUCGAUCGGUACAUGGUUCUUCAGGAAUCGUGCAACAGCAUUUGGAGUCAUGGCUUCUGGGUCUUCUUUGGGAGGUGUGAUCCUUCCAAUUAUGGUGUCAAAAUUGAUUCCUAAGAUUGGAUUCGCGUGGACUAUGAGGACUGUGGCAUUCAUGUUUCUAGGCAUGCUCAUUAUCGCCAACCUCACAGUCAAAUCGAGAUUGACCCCGAGACCAAAGAAAGUGGAGAUCAAGAAUUUUGCUGCUCCUCUCAAGGAGCCCGCUUUCGCUCUUCUCUGUAUCUCGUCGUUCUUCUUUUUCUUCGGCACCUUCUUGCCUUUCAAUUACAUCAUCCUUCAAGCACAAAAGCACGGCAUGUCAAGCAAUUUGUCCAUUUAUCUUAUUCCAAUCCUCAAUGCGGCAUCUAUCUUCGGACGAAUCCUCCCUGGAUUGAUAGCUGAUCGCUUCGGUCGUUUCAAUGUAAUGAUCAUCACUACCGCAUUCUCAGCAAUUAUCGUCCUAGCUCUCUGGCUUCCAUCCGCAAGCAAUGCACCCAUUCUCGUCUUCUGCGUUCUUUACGGCUUUUCCUCCGGAGCUUUCGUCUCAAUGGGCCCUUCACUCAUUGCCCAGAUUUCGCCCAUUCGAGAGAUCGGGGUGAGAAGUGGGACCUUUUUCCUGUGUGUUGCUAUUGGGGGUCUGACUGGCAAUCCUAUCGGCGGUGCGCUGAUAACAUCUGACCAAGGCGGAUUCACAUGGUUGCAGCUAUUCUGUGGCUUGACGAUGAUUGUGGGCAGUUUGGGAUAUGUGGCUGCAAGAUAUGUUCAAGUGGGUUUCAGGCUUAAAGUCAUAUAG